AUGAGAGAGAAGAAGGACGUAACAUCCAUCGAAGAUGCUGGCUGGGGCCAUCUAUGGAUGGCCCGGAAGUUGGAACCAUUGGGCAAUGGCUUUGUUCGGCUCCGCAUCCCCCGCACCGUUAUUUUCCUCGUGUUUAAUGAGCAUCGUCAUUCGACCCCGAUUCGAUCGUGGACCAACAUCGGCUUCCAAGCUACGUUUGGGUUGGUGCUGGGCGAAGGGGCGGUGGGCUUUUUACCGAAGCUAUUUCAACCAAGGUUUGGGGCCGGUCAAGGCCAGGAUUCCCCCCAUGGAAAUAUCUUCCCCGAGGUGCUCCAGGUGACGGCAUUGGGCCGCUUGAACUGGUGGAGUCUUGGAGAAAGCUCUAGGCAUGGGUUUACCCCGCAUUCAAUCAUGGGGGAUGAAAAGACUUAUUUUGUUUUUGCCGGCAAACGGUGUCCCGGGGGCGGGGAUGCUUUUCGGAGCCGGCCCGAAAGUGGUGGUCUGCCGAGACUAGAUCGUCUGAUCUCCCUCGAUUUCGUCCACAAGCCAAUUGACUUCCAGUUGACUAGAGUUACCUUGGUCGAUUUCGGACCAAUAAACAAGAAAGAGCCUUAUUUCCUUCUCUCUGCAAUCGCGUCAGGGCCAAAUUUCGCUAGAAACACUAAGCCGCAAGAGGAGAACGAAAGUAGUCUGUAUUUUACGAGACAUUCGCUUCUCAGUACAGAACCGGAGCAGCCAUACAAUAUUCUUCUUGGCGCCUUAGCGGGUUACACCAAGAGAGUCAGCACUUAA